AUGGCCAUCCUCUCUCAAUGCUGGACGUUGACACGCAAAAACAUCUUAAUUGCGUUACAUCGACACACCAUCUCCACCGUCGUCCGCGCAUUCCUCCUCCCCAUCGCCUUUGUCAUCUUCCUCAGCUACGCAAGAAACCUCUUCAUCCCGCCCUCCAGCUAUGGCAUUGGAACGAGCACGCCCAUUCGCACGCUGGCAGAAGGACUGGAUGCGGCCAACGGUGGACGAGAUACGGUGGCGUUCGUCAAUAAUGGAUUGGCGGGAGGAGACAUCGAUCGCAUCAUCGAUUCGCUGGCACAGACGGUCUCGGAUUCUGGAAAGAAGGUUGCGCGACUCAACACACAAACAGAUCUGCUGGAAACAUGCCGGUCGUCGUUGAGGGGGUCGACGAGGUGUUAUGGCGGGGUGGUGUUUUUAUCGUCGCCGAAUGAGGGCACGGGAGGGAUAUGGAACUAUACUCUCCGCGCAGAUGGUUCAUUUGGCACCAGGAUCAAUGUCGACAAAUCCACGAACGAGGUGCAGGUGUACCUGCUGCCACUGCAGCGUGCGGUCGAUGAAGCUAUCGUCAACCUCAAUGGGACGACGACGGCGCUCCCCGCGGUCGAGGCCUACCCGUAUACAAGCUUGACACAGGAGCAACGAAACACAAGCAUCCGAGUCAACUACCAGGGUGCCAUCAUCAACAUUCUGGCGGUCGCGUUCUUGAUUGGAAUGGUAGGUGUGUCAUAUCAUCUCACUGGAUUUAUCGCAUCGGAACGAGAGCUGGGCAUGUCACAAUUGAUUGAAGCAAUGAUGCCGAAUUUGCAGAGAUGGAAACCUCAAUUUGCCCGGAUCAUAUCGUACCACAUAGCUUUCGAUCUCAUGUACAUUCCGGGAUGGAUCAUCAUUGGCAUUGUGUUCGGUGUGGGUAUUUUUGCGGAAACCUCCAUGGCCAUUGUUAUUGUUUAUCACAUCCUUGCCGGUCUUGCUCUGACAUCUCUGUCAAUACUCGGCGCAUCGUUCUUCAAGAAGGCACAGCUCAGUGGUAUCACCGUGGCUAUUGUUGUGCUGCUUCUAGGAGUCGUAUCCCAAGUCGUAGGUGUUACUUCCAAUGGAGCUGUGGUAAUUCUCAGUCUUCUCUUUACACCCUGCAACUAUGUCUUUUCUCUAAUUUUCAUGGCUCGCUAUGAGCGCCAAAGGAUGGCGACCGACCUACUGCAUGCGGCUCCAGCCAACCCAUGGACAAUUCCAGGUAUUGUUCUUUGGGUUUUUGUGAUCCUGCAGAUAUUCAUAUACCCUCUACUUGGAGCUUGGGUCGAGAGGUCACUUUAUGGAACAGCCUCCAAAGGCAGAUCGGUGGUCGGAAACGAUCUUUCAGAAAACGAAACGGUCCGCCUGGAAGAAUUUACCAAGCAUUACCCACCCACUACGUUUCGUCGAUGGACCAGUCGUUUCUCCAAGACACCAAAAGAGACUGUAAUCGCGGUCAACAAGUUGAAUCUGAGCGCACGGAAAGGUCAGAUCUGCGUCUUGCUAGGUGCCAAUGGUAGUGGGAAGAGUACAACCCUGGACUCAAUCGCUGGCCUGAACACGGUCACCAGUGGAAACAUCACAGUCAACGGUACCGGAGGCUUAGGUAUCGCCCCACAGAAGAACGUUUUAUGGGACGAACUUACAGUCGAAGAGCACAUUCGGAUUUUCAACCACCUCAAAUCGCCAGGCCACCGAGACAGCAAAGCAACGAUCCGCGAACUAGUGGACGCAGUGGAUCUUGGUCGCAAAAUUUCAGCCAAAUCAAAAACACUUUCUGGAGGUCAAAAGAGAAAGCUUCAACUUGGAAUGAUGUUUACUGGUGGGAGUGCCGUCUGUUGCGUUGAUGAGGUCAGUAGUGGCCUCGAUCCGCUCAGUAGACGUAAGAUAUGGGACAUUUUACUAGCAGAGCGAGGAAGCAGAACAAUCAUUUUGACCACUCAUUUCUUGGAUGAAGCAGAUUUAUUGGCCGAUCAGAUUGCUAUUCUCUCCAAGGGUACUCUGCGAGCCCACGGAUCUUCAGUCGAGUUGAAGGAGAAGCUUGGUGGUGGAUACCGCGUGCAUCUACAAUCGAGUCCUGGUCACGCAUCGCCUCCCGAUAUUGAUGGAGUCACAAAGCAUGCCACAUUUGGUCAAGCUAUGUACACUGCCAGCUCAUCGACCCAGGCGGCUUACAUCAUUCGACACCUCGAAGCCCUAGGAUUGACCGAUUACCAGCUUUCUGGUCCAACAAUCGAAGAUGUUUUCCUCCAACUCGCCGACGAGGUACGGUCCGAGGAGCUGGGAAGUGUGUCGAGUCUGGGGCGUGACUCUGUGUCUGAGACUCCUGAGCCAAACGAUAAGAAUGGCAAUGUUGCGGCAACGGCCAGGCCUGCCCGCAAAGAGAUGGAGUUACGAACUGGACAACGUAUUGGACCGAUUCGCCAAUGCUGGGUUCUGUUUCGUAAACGAUUUACCAUUCUCAGACGAAAUUGGCUUCCAUAUGUUGCAGUGUUUCUCCUGCCUGUUAUUGCCGCUGGGCUGACUACUUUAUUCUUGAAAAAUUUCAAUGCAGUUGGAUGUGCGCCUCAAGAUACGGCUCGAGUUUCUGAUGUAGAAAGUUUGACCACAAUCAAUGCCCUGAGUACCGUUGUGGGACCAGCAUCUAGGCUUUCGGUGCAGACAAUUCGUGGUCUCUUCCAGCCGAUGCUUCCCAUUCCGAUUCCACCACAGGAUCAACUUCAACCAUUCAUCAACACCGUAGAUACGCUUACACAGUUCAAUGAUUAUAUCAACAGCAACUUUUCAUUCACUCGACCAGCGGCAUUCUUUCUUGGCGACGCAUCCUCGCCAGCAACAUUAGCAUUUCGAGGCAACGGUGGUAUUUACAAUGGAGUCUUUGGCCAGAAUAUUCUCAACACCGUCCUCUCGAACAUCAGCAUCUCCACCCAGUAUUCCGAGUUUGACGUCCCUUGGUCUCCAUCUACUGGAGAUAGUCUUCAGCUAGUCGUCUACUUCGGUCUCGCUAUGGCAGCAUACCCUGGUUUCUUCAGUCUAUACCCUACAUUCGAGCGAACACGCAAGAUCAGAGAAUUAGAGUACUCAAAUGGAGUUCGAUCUCUUCCAUUGUGGCUUGCUUAUCUGGGUUUUGACUUUCUUUUCGUCCUCGUCACAAGCGCCCUAAGUGUUAUCAUUUUUGCAGUCACAUCACCUGACGCCUGGUACCAUGUUGGGUAUUUAUUUGUCAUCUUCACGCUUUUCGGAAUGGCAUCUAUUCUGUUUGCAUAUGUGGUCUCCUUAUUCGCCAGAACGCAGCUCUCGGCAUACGCUUUCGCUGCGGCGGGUCAAGCGGUACUCUUCUUAUGCUAUUUAAUCGCCUAUCUUUGCACUCUUACUUAUGCCCCGAUCAACAAGAUUGACGACUUGAUCAUUGUCGUUCAUUUUACAAUAUCACUAGUCACGCCAAUGGGAAGUUUGAUCCGAGCUCUGUUCGUGGCUUUGAACCUUUUCUCGACCACUUGCUCAGGCAGAGAGUUGGCAUCGUAUCCAGGAGGCAUAUUACAGUACGGUGGACCAAUCCUGUACCUCAUAGUACAGGUAUUCGUUCUCUUCGCGAUCUUAUUAUGGUACGAUUCUGGAUCAAUUCUUGCGUGGUACCGACGUGUAAGAGGCAAACCAGCAGCAGCAUCAUUGCCAAGGGCCUCUGCCGAGGAAGGCGAGCCAGCAGCAGAAGAUCUAGCCCGCAUUAACAGUUCCAACGAUGGUCUACGGGUCUUGAACCUCACCAAAUCUUUCAAGACCAAUACGGCUGUGGACAAUCUUACUUUUGGUAUCAAACGUGGUGAAGUCUUUGCUCUGCUUGGUCCAAAUGGAGCUGGAAAGUCUACAACUAUCUCACUUAUAAGGGGCGACAUUCAACCAUCUAAGAAUGGGGGUAGCAUUUACGUGGAAAAUGUGGACAUCGGAAGACAAAGAGCGAAAGCACGUGGAUCGUUGGGUGUUACGCCUCAAUUCGAUGCAAUGGACGCAAUGACCACUCGAGAGCAUCUCAUCUUCUACGCCCGUAUUAGAGGAGUCCCAGAUGUUGAACACAACGUCGAGGAAGUCAUCAAAGCAGUAGGUCUACAAGCAUUCACCGAGCGAAUGGCCGUCGCACUUUCAGGUGGUAACAAGAGAAAAUUAUCCCUCGGCAUCGCACUCAUUGGCAACCCAACAGUUCUCCUCCUCGACGAGCCCUCCUCCGGUAUGGACGCAGCAGCCAAACGAGUCAUGUGGCAAACCCUCGCAUCCGUUGUGCCAGGCCGAUCACUUCUUCUCACCACCCACAGCAUGGAAGAAGCAGAUGCCUUAGCCGACCGCGCCGGUAUCAUGGCAAAGCGAAUGUUAGCAAGUGGUACGAGCGAUCACCUCCGCGAAGUCCACGGCGGCGCUUAUUACGUCCAUCUUGUCAUGAAAUCCGCACCACACACCACUGAUGAGGAGAUUUCCGCACUCAUCGAAUGGGUGCGCAGAACGUUUCCGGGUGCGGAUGUCGAGGAUAAAACAUAUCACGGACAGAUCCGCUUCUCGGUACCCGCUCGCCAGACCGACGAUAAAUCCAAAUUCAUCUCCAAAGAAGAAGAUCUAGACUCCAUCAGCGGCAGUACCGAACGUGCGACUGAUACUAAAAGCGGUAUUGGCAGCAUCAUCACGACGCUUGAAGAUCAUCGUGAGGAGUUGGGUCUCGAACAUUAUGGCGUUAGUCCUACGACGCUCGAUCAGGUUUUCUUGAGCAUCGUACAGAAACAUGAUGUUGAGGAGGAGGGAUACGCGGUGAAGAAGAAGGGGAGGAGGAGUUGGAGGUCGGGGUGGUUGGUGAAAAGGUGA